CACUGGAACCUAGAAGCACAGCCAGAAAGGUGAGUGUCUCAGUAGUGGGUCAAGGACAGGAACCUAGAAACACAGCCAGGAAGGUGAGUGUCCCAGUGGUGGGUCAAGGACAGGAACCUAGAAACACAGCUAGGAAGGUGAGUGUCUCAGUGGUGGGUCAAGGACAGGAACCUAGAAACACAGCCAGGAAGGUGAGUGUCUCAGUGGUGGGUCAAGGACAGGAACCUAGAAACACAGCCAGGAAGGUGAGUGUCUCAGUGGUGGGUCAAGGACAGGAACCUAGAAACACAGCCAGGAAGAUGAGGACUUGCUUUCUGCUACUGACGGGGACACUGCUGGCAGCCGCCGCCACCACACAAAAGCCACCAACGCUGUGCCCGGAGGAGGUCUCUGCCCUAUGCCCACCGGAGCUCGGGGAAUUUCCUGAGCUCUACGCUUUUCCCGAUGAUUGUUCCAAGUUCUGCAAGUGCUCCUAUGAUGGUCUGGCCUGGGAGAAACAAUGCCCCGGCACCCUUCUCUGGGACGAUGACCUGAAAACCUGCAAUUAUCCAGAAAAUGUGGACUGUGGCACGCGACCUGUUCCAUAAGAAGGGUUUCCAUCGUCCUCCUCCACACUCCAGCAGACUAAACCUUCACUCUCUAACAACCUUCACUACUGAUACCAGCUUUCAUUUCUCAGUACAUAUUUAGCAUAAUUUAUUUGCUUUGGUAAAUGAUUUAUAUUAAACUAUGUUGGUUUAUGAGUAGGAACAGCUCUCAGUUAUGUGAAGAGUGAUCGUGUUUACAAAAACCUUUAUUUUCACUCUGUAUGAUAAUAAAGUUUCCCCCCUGACAA